AUCCUCAUUGCCCGAUUGCCAACGGAUGAUCCAAACGCCACGAUGAGCCAGGAAUACAAAGGGAAGGGCAAGUCCUUAAGGGAGGAGGGGUCGAAUGUCCGGCGCGUGUCAGGUAACCGGCCUCAGUACAUGACCGUUGGGUCUGGGUCGACAUCCGAAAGCGCUUCCCGGUUACAGGCCUUGCUAGACAAUGAUUCUGGCUAUGGAGGAAGUGUUGCUGGCGACAAUGCCGUGCCUGCUUGGAAUCCUACCCUGACCGAAGACAGGCCAACGCCGGUACAUACGCCGGUGGCCAGGGGAGAGAGCAGUGCAGCUGCAGACAACGAGAGAAGGAUCCAGGCCAGCGCUAUACAUCAGCUAUGGUACAACCAACACCGGGUGGCUCUCGCACGAUCGAUAAACAGGGUCGUGGAUAUGUUGAAGGGCUUACAAGAGGAGAACUCUAUCUGGCCGGCAACGUAUCCAUCUGUCCAACGCGCCCAGACAUCAGCACCACAAGGACCAGAUCCACGACCACGUCUGAUCUCUCAAUCAACAACCGCAGGGCCAGAGAGCUCAUAUCCUCGACCAGGACUUCAGCAGCGCGCCCAGACCUGGGAAGGUAGCAACGAGGCUGAGUCGAGCAAGGUAGCUGAGGGAAGGGCGACACCGGAGCCUCGACUUAUCUCGCCCCAGAUCGCACAAGAGUUCUCGAUUCUGAAACUGGACCUGAAGAUGGGAGCCCUGCAUCAGACCGAGCUGGUGCAUUCGCUAGAGAAGAACUCGAUCGCUUCCCUUUUAGAUGGCCAAAUCAGAUCGAGUAUCAAGCAUCUCCUCUCUCUCAGAGAGCGCAUAGAGGAUACGUCAAGCAAAGUCCUGGUGACUGGAGAUCUGAACGCUGGAAAAUCGACCUUUUGCAAUGCCCUCCUGCGCAGAAAGAUUUUACCCGAGGACCAGCAACCGUGUACGAGUAUAUUCUGCGAGGUGCUUGAUGCCAGGGAGAAUGGCGGUAUUGAGGAGGUGCACGCCGUACACAAGGAUGUGGAAUACAACCGACAUGAUGAGAGCACUUACGAUGUAUUUUCUUUACAUGAUCUUGAGAAGCUUGUUACAGACAACGACAACUACACCCAAUGUAAAGUUUACAUCAAGGAUGUGCGGUCAAUUGACGAGUCGCUUCUUAACAACGGGGUUGUGGAUAUCUCGAUCAUUGAUGCUCCUGGUCUCAAUCUCGACACGACGAAAACGACAGCGGUAUUUGCUAGACAGGAGGAGAUCGAUGUUGUGGUGUUCGUUGUUUCAGCGGCAAACCAUUUCACAAUGACGGCUAAGGAAUUUAUUUGGGCCGCUGCGGCAGAAAAGGCUUACAUCUUCAUCGUGGUAAAUGGCUACGAUAAUAUUAGGGACAAGGAGCGUUGUCAAAAGAUGAUCUUGGAACAAGUUUCGAACCUCAGUCCUCGAACUUUCAAAGAGUCAUCGGAACUCGUCCACUUUGUUUCAAGUAAUGCCAUUCCUACAGGACCUAGUCCUCCAGGAGGCAAUGGCGGUAGUGGAAGUGCCAGUGGAGGUGGUGGUGGAGAUGGGCCCGAUUUCGAUGAUGAUUCGGAUCCGAAAGGGAAAGGCAAGGGGAAAGACAAGGAGAAGAUCCGGGAUUUCGAGAACCUGGAGCAGUCGCUGAGACGAUUCGUGCUUGAGAAGCGAGCUCGGUCGAAGUUGGCACCCGCGAAGACCUACCUCCUCAAUGUGCUCGGUGAUGUACACACUCUUGCACAAGUGAACCUAGAAGUCGCUCAAUCAGAGCUCGACCGGGUUACUAAAGAAUUGGCAGAGUUAGAACCAAUUCUUGAAGCGUCGAAGAAGGCAAAUGCCGAAGUUAGCGAUGAUAUCGACCGGACCAUAGAGGACACUUGCAAAGAGAUCUAUAACCACACUCGAUCCACUCUUGCAUCAUCAAUAGCUGAUGCCGCUGACACAGACCUUGGCGUUCCGUACCCUGGUCUACUCAGCGCCUUCCAAUAUGCAGACGAUAUCAAGGAAGCCAUCCUCUCACAGAUCUCAGCGUCCGUUACCGAUUGCGAAGAGCAUGCUCGCAUGAAGACGGUCGAGGGUGUGAACUCCAUCAAGCAAUUAGGUUUAUUGCAUCUAGGGAAUGAGUACACGGAUCUGAGCUUCAGAAGCGAUUUCAUGUUCAGAAGAAAACGGGAUAUCCUUGCGAGACAAAUCGAGAUUGAGACUGAGAUAUGGGAUUUCUUCGAUGUGUCCACCAUUCUCCAACAGCAAGAGAAGAUGGCCGGCACGGGAAUGGCAAUGACUGUCGCUACAGUAGUAGGUGGACGAAUGGUGGGUGGAUUUGGUUGGGUUGAUGGUGCUCUUGGGGUGGCAAAGAUCGCUGGCAGCAGGAACCUGCGCAAGCUGAUUAUCCCCGGAGCCAUUGCAGCAGCCGCCGCAGCGAUCUACUACAUCCUCAGCCAGAUCCCACAUUCUCUCCCCCACAGGCUCACGACCAAGAUCUCCACCCAACUCGAAGCAAUCGACUACGUCCACGCCAACAGCGAGCGCAUCUCCUCUUCCGUCCGCAAGGUCCUCCGAACGCCGGCCAACAACCUCCGCGUCGGUCUCCAGCGCUCCGUCGAGCAGCUCGGCUCCAAACGCGAAGACACGCGCAAAGUCAAGGGCGAGAGCGAGCUCGCCCGCAAGUACUUCAGCAACCUCGUCAUCCAGAGCCGCGAGGUCCGCCACACGGUCGAAGCGGUCGAUCUCGAAGGCCCAGCGCCAGGCGUCGCCGCAGCUUAUGAUUCAUGAUUUUUCCGAUCCCCAUUUCCCUUCCCUCGUCCCCUUUUUAGAAAAAAUAAUACCCCCUCUUCUCUCCUUUUCUUCCUUCCUUCCUUCCUCUCCUGCCUCACUGCACUGCACUGCACUGUACCUAUUGCUCGGAGCUGAGUCGAUAUGAAUUGGGGAGUUCGUGGGCGUUGGGAAUUACGUGUAUAUAUGUAUGUAACUUAUGUACCUAGACUACUACUACUACUAUUAUUAUCUUACUCAAGAAGGAAGGGAAGGGCU